GAGGGAAGUAGGACUUCAACAUGGCGGCUGUAGUACUGGCGGUGGCUACGGUGACGGCCUGGCCCGGGGUUCUAAAUGGCUUCUAAGAAGUUGGGUGCAGAUUUUCAUGGGACUUUCAGUUACCUUGAUGAUGUCCCAUUUAAGAUAGGAGACAAAUUCAAAACACCAGCUAAAGUUGGUCUACCUAUUGGCUUCUCCUUGCCUGAUUGUUUGCAGGUUGUCAGAGAAGUGCAGUAUGACUUCUCCUUGGAAAAGAAAACCAUUGAAUGGGCUGAAGAUAUUAAGAAAAUCCGAGAAGCCCAGCAAGAAGCAGAGCGUAAGGCUGAGGAAGCAGAAGCUAAAGCGAAUUCUAAGAGUGGCCCAGAGGGUGACAGCAAAAUGAGCUUCUCCAAGACUCACAGUACAGCCACAAUGCCACCUCCUAUUAAUCCCAUCCUAGCCAGCUUACAGCACAACAGCAUCCUCACUCCGACUCGGGUCAGCAGUAGUGCCACGAAACAGAAAGUUCUCAGCCCACCCCACACAAAGGCAGAUUUCAAUCCUGCUGACUUUGAGUGUGAAGAGGACCCAUUUGAUAAUCUGGAGUUAAAAACUAUUGAUGAGAAAGAAGAGCUGCGAAACAUCCUGGUAGGAGCCACUGGACCCAUUAUGGCCCAGUUACUGGAUAAUAACUUGCCCAGAGGAGGUUCUGGGUCUGUGUUACAGGAUGAGGAGGUCUUAGCGUCCUUGGAGCGUGCAACCUUAGAUUUCAAGCCUCUUCAUAAACCCAAUGGCUUUAUAACCUUACCACAGUUGGGCAACUGUGAAAAAAUGUCGCUGUCUUCCAAAGUGUCCCUCCCCCCUAUCCCUGCAGUAAGCAAUAUCAAAUCUCUGUCCUUCCCCAAACUUGACUCUGAUGAUAGUAAUCAGAAGACAGUUAAGCUGGCGAGCACUUUCCAUAGCACAUCCUGCCUCCGCAGUGGCACAGCCCGGAAUUCCCUCCAGCCUUCCACCCAAAGCAGUGCCAGUGAGCUCAAUGGGGACCAUACUCUUGGGCUUUCAGCUUUGAACUUGGACAGUGGCACAGAGGUGCCAACCCUGCCAUCCUCCCAGAUGCCUUCCCUGUCUGUCCUGUCUGUAUGCACAGAAGAAUCAUCACCUCCAAAUACAGGUCCCACAGUCACCCCUCCGAGUUUCUCAGUGUCACAAGUGCCCAACAUGCCCAGCUGUCCCCAGGCCUAUUCUGAACUACAGACACUGUCCCCCAGUGAGCGGCUGUGUGUGGAGACAGUGGUCAACAUGGGCUACUCAUAUGAGUGUGUCCUGAGAGCCAUGAAGAAGAAAGGAGAAAAUAUUGAGCAGAUUCUCGACUAUCUCUUUGCACAUGGACAGCUUUGUGAGAAGGGCUUCGAUCCUCUUUUAGUGGAAGAGGCUCUGGAAAUGCACCAGUGUUCAGAAGAAAAGAUGAUGGAGUUUCUUCAGUUAAUGAGCAAAUUUAAGGAAAUGGGCUUUGAACUAAAAGACAUUAAGGAAGUGUUACUAUUACACAACAAUGACCAGGACAAUGCUUUGGAAGACCUCAUGGCCGGGCUGGAGCCAGCUGAGACCAGGCCCUGCCUAAGCCCUGCCACGGAACCAUCACCCCCCCAGGAAGCCCUGAAGAGCCCACCUGUGGGGAAAGAGAAGGGGCACACUUCCAGAUUUUCUUUUGGGGGUUAGAGGUCAGGUGUAGAAACUGCUCAGCAGUCUCUCUGAGCCUAGGCCCUGAGCUGGGGAGAAAUUGGGGAAGAUUUGAUAUGUGAAUGAAUGCCCCAGACCUGUCCUGGCCCCUUCCAUAUUAAAUGUAUUUGUAUUUUGAGAAGUGUCCUUCCCAUCUUGGCCUUCCAGAAAGAAUACUUAGGUCUUUCUGGGGUCUCUGUGUCCUCAGCCAAAACCUAGCCUGGCUGUCAGGAGGAGUGGGGAAUAAAAGGGAGAGCCAGACUCAGUGCUGCUUUGGGGCUAAAUGCUUCCCAAUCUACCUGCAUGGGUAGACUGAACUUUAAUCCAAGCUGAAUGCAAGUGAAAGGUUCUUCCAGGGUUCCCCCCUCAAACCCCCUAUAACAGUCUCUUAGUGUUACACUGGUUCUGCAAUAUUUCUAGGGUGCAAAUGAUGCACUUUUCCCCACAGGGCUGAGUUUGCCUCUUCUGCUAGGCAGUUCCCAUGCUUCCCUCUCUAGUCUCUUUCUUUCGGCUUGGUUUGGACUACAAUCCUCUGCUGCCCAGGGCUUUAAAACCCUGCUCUAAAACUUUUGUCAGUCUGACUAAUCAUUGGCCUCUUCCCAGCACAUUGAAUGGGUGAGCAAACAGGCCACAACUUAGUUGCCCAGCACUAACCUCCCUGUUCUACUUGAACAGACUCCUCCAGCCCUGCUUUAGGAUGACACAAUGAGUAACACCUAGGCAUAGAAAUUAGUCUUUUUGGUUUGUUUUGUAUUAUGUUGUACAUCAUUAAAGAUCUAAAUACAAAGUAUAUACAGUCUUGAUGAAUCUAAUUUGCUAACUAUUUUGAUUCUUCAGAGAGAACUACUAAUAAAAAUCUAAAAGGUAUGUCCUGUUGUGAUAACUUCUUUAUUGGCAAGAGCUGUUUUACUUAGGAGGAUGAGGCUGGAAUGGGACCUAACCAUUUUCUGUCAUUUCAGUACUUUCUACUGUAGGUUCUGUGGGGCCCCUCUAGUUUUUGGUUUGCAAAGACAGGCACAGAUAAGGACCUGUUUGAAAACUUGACCUAGCUGGGUGCCAGUGGCUCAUGCCUGUAAUCCCAGCACACCUAGCCACACACACACACCCACACACCUGCCAGAGUGGCUCAAGGCAACACCUAGCCACACCUAC